AUGAGUGAGCCAACGAUCUCCGUGGAGGCCAGUCAGCAAGAUUUGCCGCUCAUAGAAUCGGCAAAGUUCAGCUCCAACCUGGAGCGUAUCGAAUGCAGAGACGUGGCACGUAGUUACUUGUACAACUACAAGACAAAAGGUCGACGGGGAUUUCUGCAGGAUCAAACUACAGCAUCUACGUGCCUGCCGCGUGCUCUGCCAACGGGUCUCCCUUACGUUGCAAACUUCAUCUCGUUUAGAGAACUUGUGCAGCGGGGGGCGAUUCAGUCAUGCAUUCAGAAUGAAGUUGACUUUUCUGUGAAGGAUCUUCAAAUCUUGUACGAGGCAAAGUGUGUGGACCAGGAACUGGUGCCUUCAUGGGAACGUGAGAUGCGCUUUAUGGAGCUUAUUAGUGCCAACUGCAGAGGGAAGUUUUUUUGCUUGAAAGAAUGUGGGUUUGGGCCGAUGUGCGCCGGAGCCAUUGCACACAUUUUGUCACGUAACAGAAAGUACACCAUUCUUGAUUUAAGUGGAAACCGGUUACAGGAUGAAGGCGCCUGCUCCAUUGCUAGCCUUAUCAAAGUCAACAGGAGCCUUGUUCACGUGGGUCUUCGAUCCAAUUAUAUUGGUCACAUCGGAGGGGUGGCUUUGGCGCAAGCACUGCUUGAAAACAAUACCGUUGUCUCACUCGACCUGGGCGCGCAUUCGGGUAUUAAUGGAAAUCAUAUCGCCACAGCAGGUGCUGAGGCAAUUGGGGCCAUGCUUCGUGCGAACAAGGUGCUCUCACACCUCAAUCUUAGCUGUAAUGGCUUGGGGGUCUCCGGUGUCUCGUUCAUUGCUGCAGGUCUCAAUGGAAAUUACAGCCUCAAACACUUGAACGUUUCUGUUAAUAAUUUGGGGUACGCAGGGAUUGAGACACUGGCGCCUGUUCUGGAAACCACCUGCAUCACCCACCUCUCCUUACAGCGUAACGCCAUGGGAGACAAUGGUGGGAUGGUUCUCUUUGAAGCGAUUGCAGCAGCUAUUGAAAACGGUGAGGAACGGAUCGAGUUUCUUAACCUGGAGACGAAUGAUCUCGGGGAGAAGACGGCCAAGGCAAUACAACGAGUUUUGGCAUCUUCCACCACUCUAAAGAAGCUGCGGCUCUCCUCCAACAACUUCGGGGAAUCCUCUAAACAUAUCAUGGAGGGCCUGGCGGAAAACAAAUGCCUGCUUUUAAUCACUCUCUCCUUUUGUGGAAUUCGUGAGACAGAUGGGGCCGCCAUUGGAGCUGCCCUUACAGCGAACAACACACUGCAGCACUUGGAUCUGUCAAAUAAUAAACUGAAGGAUGCUGGAUCAAAGUGCAUCUUGGAAGCCAUGAAGACAAACGAGGGUCUUCUCUCACUCAACCUUGCUUGCAAUAAGAUAACUGAUGACGGGGGGAAGGCGAUUGCGCUAUGUUUGGCCAGUAAUCGAACCCUUCUAGAGUUGAAUUUGCGACGCAAUUGUAUGUCAAACACCACAGGCGAACUUUUGGACGAUUAUUUAAGAAGCAACAACACUUUAGAGAAGAUGGACGUUACCUACAAUGAUUUCCGCUAUCAUUCCCUCAUGGGCCAACGCGCGACACUGGCGCGAAAUGUGGAGAGGAACAAGAACCUCGUUGUCCCGAAGCUCAAGGCGGAGAUUGAGGGUCUUUCCUUUAAAAGUCGAGAACUUUCGCAAGCUGAAGACGAAAUAGAAAUGGAACGACGCAUCAUUAAAGAUCGCAGCGAACAGUUACUGCGACGCAGUGAAGAGGCUCGUGUCAUGACCGAGAAGGCGCGGCGCGAAAUCGUGGACCUUGAAAAGAGCCUGACUGUUGUACGCGCCCGGCUCAGUUCCGCGGAAGAAGUCCUGCGACGCACAGAAGAGCGAGUGAGCAACGAGAUGUCGGAGCUCUCAGGGCGCAAGACGAGCAUGGAGGCUCGCAUUGGCCAGGAGAAGGAACGGGCGGACCGUAUGCAGCAUGAGAUUGAGCGUAUGCGACGACAGCUAAAACAACUGGAGGAAGCCGAGGCAAUACGCCUGAAACCUCUCCUGUUAGAUCUCAGCAUUGCAGAAGCGGAUAGGGGAAACGAGGCGAAGGAAUGUCAAUAUGAGGCCAACAGAGUAGCCGCCCUUGCGCUUCAGCGGAAGGAGUUGGAGAAGAAGCUGGGCCUCAGUCUUCCUGUGGCGGGCGGUGGCGCUGCUGCGACGAAGUCCAAAAAGAGGAAGUAA